AUGGUUCUCUCCUUCAUCCUAAUACAAAACCGCCAAGGUAAAACGCGACUCGCGAAAUGGUACGCCCCCUACAACGACGAAGAGAAGAUCAAGCUCAAGGGCGAAGUGCACCGACUCGUCGCGCCGCGCGAUCAAAAAUAUCAAUCGAAUUUCGUCGAGUUUCGCAAUAACAAAAUUGUGUAUCGACGCUAUGCGGGAUUGUUCUUCUGCGCCUGCGUCGAUGCUAAUGAUAAUGAGUUGGCGUAUCUAGAGGCGAUACAUUUUUUUGUCGAGGUGCUGGAUAGCUUUUUUGGGAAUGUGUGUGAAUUGGAUUUGGUGUUUAAUUUUUAUAAAGUGUAUGCCAUAUUAGAUGAAGUAUUUUUGGCUGGAGAAAUUGAGGAGACGAGUAAACAGGUCGUCUUGACGAGGUUGGAACAUCUGGAUAAAUUGGAAUGA